GCCAAUGAUUUAACGGGAGUGUGGCAUAUAUUGAAGCAUAAGUUGAAUGUUUUUGCAGGGUCAAGUUACAGGCAGUGGGUUUCAAUCUGCAAGAUUAUUCAAAACAUAAUUUCUUAUAUUUCCAAUUCGCUGACUGUUAUCAUCUCUACAAGCUGAGGUAAGACGCCAGCUCAUGAAAUAGAUGCAAAGAUGUCUGUCGAGUACCGUGGCUCUACAGUGACAAACAUGGAAAUGGACAGUAAUAUUGGCUAUAAGCAACUUUUAAUGGAUGGCAGCAAGAUUCGGUAUUCAGUGUAUGCAUUGAGAAAGAGCCCUUUCCGGGUUGCUACAGUUUGCCUUGGGCUGCUGUGUGUUGUCCUGCUGGCUGUGGUCAUAGGUCAGAGCAUCCACUCCAGAAAAGUUGAGCAAGACCAUCAGACCAGCCUAAAAACCGUGAGUAAGGAGAGAGAGGAUCUACAGGAGAACCUGAAGACAGUGAAAAAAGAGAAAGACAAUCUUGAGACCAUCCGUAAACAGUUACAGGACAGAUACGAUGGCAUAAAUAGAAGAACAACCUCGCUACAGGCCAAUAACGAUUUACUGACUCAGGAAAAAAACAGUCUACAACUUAGCCAAAGUCAGUUACAGGCCAGUAACGGUGCUUUAAGAAAAGAGAAUGAACAGCUAAAAGCCAGUAAAGACCUGUUGCAGACUAAUAACAAUGCCUUGUCUACCACCAAAGACUUGAUACAAAAAAAAUACGAUCAAGUGUUCAAACAGAAAAAUGAGUUACAGGCCAGUUAUAACUCAGUCACCAAAGAAAGGGAUGAUUUUCAUAACAAAUAUAAUAAUGUAACUAGAUCAAAAGAGCAAUUACAGAUGGAUUACAACACCUUGAUUAAGAAGGUAGAGCAUUUGCAGGACAGAUACAACUUCUCUUCCAAUGAGAAGGACCGGCUAGCAAGCAGUCACCAAAACCUGACGAUAGAAAAAGACACUCUGCAGGCCACUUGUAACCUAAUUUUAAAAACGUCCGAAGAGUUGCAGGCUUCUUACACUUCCUUGGUUCAGGAAAAAAGAGAGCUUGAAAGUAGUUGCAAUAAUGUGACAGUGGAGAGAGACCUGCUGAAGAUGAAAAACGACAACCUGACUGCUGAGAGAGACCUGUUGCUGGGGAAAGUUCAGAUACCGAACACAACAAUUCAAGAAAAGACAUGCCCCACUGGCUGGAAGAAAUUUGAAAACAGCUGCUUCUUCACUUCUGUUAGCAAGAAAACAUGGAACAUGAGCAGAGAUUUCUGUCAAAAAAAAGGAGCCGACCUGGCAAUCAUAAAAAGCAGAGAGAAAAUGACCUUCAUUAAUAGCUUGUAUGGAAGUGAGAAAGAAGUCUGGAUUGGAUUGACUGAUGAAGGAGUAGAAGGGCAGUGGAAAUGGGUAGAUGGGUCACCACUGACCACAGCGUACUGGGGUAAAAACCAGCCCAACAGCUAUGACGGGAGGAACCAGGACUGUGUGGAAUUCUGGCAUCGUGCCUCAGGGAAUGGCGACUGGAAUGAUGAGAACUGUAACGUAGAACAAAAUUGGAUCUGUGAGAUGUAGUUUUCCUGUACACAUAGAUGUACGGGUGUUGCUAGCCUUACUGGUGAUAAUCAUGUAAUAUAUGUAUAGUACAAAAACACAACAGCUAGAUUUGACUUCCUGUUGCAGACUAAUCUAUGUGUUGUGAUUGUUUUCCACACAUUCAGCCUCAUAGGUACUGUAUUGUGAUGAUUUGUGUAUUAAGCAGUUUAAUGAUCCACUAACUGACAUAUUUAAAUCUCUUUGAGAUUAUGUCAAAUUAAUUUGCCACUGUGAUUUACUAACUAAUAAAAGCAUCUUCCAAGACUUAUACUUAAUUAAUUACUUCCUGUUGAGCUAGUGACGGACCAGCUGGGCAGAGUUUAAGCUUUCUCUAAAAUUUGUUAAAUGUGUGUUAAAAGAGAAGCAAAUGUGGUGAAAGUGAAAUAUUCUUAGUGGCCAUUUUGGUUGGUUUUGGCUUAUUGUGUGACCAGGAAGGCACAUGUCCAGCCAGUGCGAAGAUUCAUAUUGAUGCAGGGGAAAUGGGUAACAGCAAUAUACUGUAUUAUGCAUAAUCGAAUAUGCAUAAACAACCAUUCAAUCUGUGCUUUAACUCUUCAAAUUACACAUGGAUGAAAGGCUGCUUACAUUGCAAAGAAAAUGUUUGCUUAUUUUAUAUUUUUCUAAACACAUUUUAUACGUUGAAACAUUUACAUGUGAUUAAAUAAAAGGAUCCAUUCUUGUUCUGCUAAUGUUAUGAAUCGUCCAUAGGCCCAAGUCAUUGGUACACUACACCUAAAGCUAUAGAUACUAGAUUAGUGUUGCCCUUUGUUUUGU